AUGUACAGUGAGGGAAAUUGGCAAUACUUGGGUCUACAUCUGAUAGAUCGGUUAACUUUGGCUUUACAAAGGGCUUGCCGUCGUCGACGGUAUACAAUUAGCAAGGUUUACUCAUUUUCGGAGACCAAUUGUAAGAAGAAGUUGGGUCUUAUGGAAAAGAAACUUUUUUCGAGACGGGUUCUUGAUAAGGUCAUUUAUAAUCAACGAAGGUCUCCUUGAAUGUUUUUGCUAACGUUGUGAGGUCAUCUGUGCUCUGUUUAUUUCUCUUUUUAUUAUAAAAUUUGAUUCCUGGAUUAGACAAAAUUUAUGUUGACGUCCUAUUAGUCAACUUCUUGUCGUCUUAUUUAUAUCUGUUGAGUUUCGCAUCUUUUUAUUUUUUGAUGAUCUUUUCUUUGAUCUAAUUCAAUAUGUGAAUUGCCCUAAAAAAUGUUUAGGGCAAUCUCUAGCCAAGUCUAAGACACGUGGUCUUUAAUUAAAAUGACUUCUAAUCAGAGAAUAAAGACGACGUAAAGUUGUGAUUCAUAUCUUUAGAGACUCAAUUUAUUGAUACGCAAUACGAAAGUCAAAUGAUCAACAAAGAAAAAGACGGCGUGACUAUUGAAGGUCACAAACGUCAUUAUUGAGGAUUAAUUAUAAUGGGAGAUUGAUUAUGCACGUUAUAUUUCAUAUGUAAAUAAUAUGUAUACCGUAGAUGUUUAUAUGUGAUGUACUGUAGAUGUUUUUGUAACAUAUAGAUUUUUCAAUGUUGACUUCUGUAGAAAGUUGUUUCUAUAAUUGUUCUAAAGCGACGAUAAAUUAAAGGUUCUGCAGGUAUAUUCGUUUGUAUGACCCCAUGACCUCCCUUCAUUAUUCACGCCCUCGGGCUACUCUCUAGAUUUGUUUCCGGGAGGUCUCUCGUUUUGAGCCGGGAUUCCCCUGCUUUAAUGCCGGGAAAGCCCAAAAAAAGUGGCAUGUGUCUAGGUGGGGUCGAUGCACGUGAUCUGUCAUUAAAUUCGGGUCUUAUCAGUGAAUAAAAAAUGGGGGAAUGAUUUGGGUCUGGUUCGUAUCUUAAAAAAAAACCAAAAAUCUUUGAUACAGAAUACGAAGUCAGAUUGUAUGGACAGACACAUAAACAGACCAAACCGAAGAUGAUCUAAGGGUUGGAGAACACAAAACUUACAUCCAUAAAGUGGGUGGUGUUUGAGAUUGAUCUCGAACUAACAGCGGAUUAAAAAAGCAAACUUUUAUUUGCAUCUGAAAUCAUGGAUAAUUUAAAAGUAGAAAACAGAUCAGUAGUUUGCUGAUUGGAAUGGAAUAAACGUUUAUGAUGGUCUAGGAUGCCUUAGGUUUCUAUACAAAUAUUUUGGAAUUUUAACAAAGCUUUUGAAAUUACCAAUUUUCUGCUUGAGAUCUCAUGUCAUGGAUAAUAUAGAGAAUGACGCAAUAGAUGAUAAAAUAGCAAUAAAGGAUGUUAAAUUUUCUUCUAUCGCUGCAUUAUGUACCUUGAGAGAAACUGGACAACGCACACAGGGUAGAAAACUCGAAAAAAUCAAGUCCAAUAUCAGAUAGGGUGACAUAGCAAUAAGUGUAAUAUUUUCUCAGAAUUUUCUCGAAUCCACUCAAAAUCCUUAUCAAUCCCACCACCGAUCUUUGCAGUCCCCAUAAAAGUCUUCCGACCUUCCUCUUCACUGUUUUUGUUUGUAUACGUGAAUUUCCAAAAAGCAAGUACGAACUUCUAGUAUAAUAUUUUUGAUUGCUCUUGCUCUCCCCGCUACUACGUCUACGUAAUUCCCUUGCUUUUUGUUUGGUUUUGCAAACACACGUUGUUUUUUUGUUAUUUAUAGGUACGGUGUCCAGUUAAAAUACGUUCGCCUUGCGGUGAUCCGACGUGAGAAAUGGAGAAAAAAAUGUUGAGAAAUGGGAAGGGAAUACUUAAAGUAUCGGUAAUCCAAAGGAAUUGUUAGUUUGACAACAUUCGGUGUUCUGGAGAAGGUACAUCUACAACUUUAUACGGUAAGUUAUUUUAUUUUUGGUGUACUCUGUCUGAAGAUACUCAAGGCUAAGGUCAGAGGGGGAAAUGAUCGCAUUUUCUACACGUUUGGUCGACUAUGACCAGACGUAUGCAAAGCUCCAAAAUUUUUGAAGAAAAAAAAUUAAGGUAAUAUAUUGUAGUACUAUAGAGGCUAAUAGACCAGAAUCAAAUGUUACUAUGAAUUAAUUUAAAUAAUUACUUUUCCAUUUACUUUCUUCUGUAACUAAACUUGAUAUUCAGGUCAAGAUGAUGCUCAGAGAAUGGUGGUUAACCGGGCUUAAAACAGCUAAGGACAAGAGACAUCGGUUUUUCAUGCAGUCUGUUGCGUAAGUGGUUCUCAUCAUAUCUUUACGUGCUUUGGGAUCACUUUUCUGCUAAUGACUGCUACAAAGUCAUCCUGGACUUGUUCCGGCGUUAAAGGCUUUCCAGUCAUUCCCGAAUAUAUCCAAUUCGUAUCGGCAGAUCAAUCAAACCGGCCUUUAAAGCCGUUAGAGCCUGUUCUUGAUCCCUUUAGAAGAAAAGCCCCUAGGCCGUUUGCUUCUAAAGGCCCACGGAUCCCUUUAGAAGAAGUUGGCAGCUGUUUGCCCACUCUCCCAAAUAUGUGGGGGCUUCCCUUUUGCCCUGAGGCGAUCUUCACAGGUGUUUCCUUUAGGGCCUCGAGGGGCGGGGCCCGGACUACUUUAUAAGCGGAAUACUCGUUAUCGUCGCUCAAGAAUCGUCUUCUUCAGACCUCAGCCCAAGCAAUCGGUUGCCAUGAGACUUGCCAGACUUGCCAACGAAGUAGUUCAACGGACAAAGUGAGUUGAAUAUUAAUUUAGAAAAAAUUCAUGUAUGCAUAAAGUAUAAGGUCAUUUCAAGACAUAGUUUUGUUAAAAAGUAAUUGUAAACUAGCUAAAUAGUCUCUAAUUUAAUCUCGUUUCAGACCCGCUCCAGAUUACCGUCAAAUCUCGAAGAAAGUAAUCUGCAUUGGCCGCAAUUACCAAGAUGGGAAAGCCCCGCCCGCUGAACCGAUUGUGUUCAUGAAACCGUCAAGCUCCAUCAUCUCCAACAAACAGAACAUAAGGGUGCCUGAGGGCUGCGGGAAGUUGGUUCAUGAAGUCGAAUUGGGAGUUGUGAUUGGAAAGCCUGCGAGAUUUGUGAAGAAAGAAGAUGCCUAUGAACAUGUUGCUGGCUACACGCUGGCGUUGGACAUGACGGCAAGGGAUGUGCUGGUAGGUAGAGGAAAUGCCACUAUAUUGAAAUUAUAUAUUGCGCCGCUCGCGGAGAACACAAUUCAAAGAAAAUUUUUAAUGAAAUUGUGAGAUAUUUGUAAAUUCAAAAAAGGAUGACAGUCCGUAAAUAAUGCCAAGAUUGGCGUGAAAUUUUACAGGCUACAUGAGGCAUAGAUAGUCUUCUUAAAUUUAAGGUCGAAAAGUUUAGGUAGAACCGAAAAAUUGGAACCUCAUUGUCAGACAUGCUCCUUUGCAUUGAUAGUCAACUUUUGAUACAAAAACAAUAAAUAAGCUAUACGUAGACACACCAAUAUAAACUCAUUUUCAGGACAAACUAAUCGAGAACGGGCAUCCCUGGUUCCUGGCCAAGGCCUUCGACACUGGCUGUGCACUGCAUGGAUUCAUCGAGAAGUCGGACAUCCCCGAUCCCCAUCAACUCGAGCUACAAUGUGCUGUGAAUGGAGAGCCCCGACAAUGUGAGAGGACCUCCGAAAUGUUCUUCGACAUCCCCACUUUGAUCGAAUUCACCAGCCAAUUCAUGACUUUGGAACCGGGAGAUUUGAUUCUAACGGGAACCCCGCCUGGAGUCUCCCCGUGCAAACCGGGGGACAAGAUUGACGCGGCCAUUUCGGGGCAUUUGGCCACAUCCUUUAAUGUUAUUUCAUAA